AUGGGGGAAGCAGCUGAUGAAGAGGCGGAGUCCGGAGACGACAACGAUGAUGAAGACCCUGCACAACUAGAGGCUACUCGCUUGCGACUGGAGGACCAAGCAAGAAAGUACCUCGCCGCGCAGACACACGAUGUUAUCAUUCCGUCCUACUCUGCAUGGUUCGACAUGUCCAAGAUUCACCCUGUCGAACGACGCGCGCUCCCAGAGUUUUUCAACUCAAGAAACCGUUCCAAAACGCCCUCCAUAUACAAAGAUUACCGUGACUUUAUGAUUAAUACGUAUCGUCUACGGCCGACAGAGUACUUGACUGUCACCGCAUGCCGGAGAAAUUUGGCAGGCGACGUGUGCGCCAUAAUGCGCGUGCAUGCAUUCCUGGAGCAGUGGGGUUUGAUCAACUAUCAGAUCGACCCAGAAGCGCGACCAGCCGCGCUUGCACCACCUUUCACCGGCCAUUUUCGCGUGGUCCUCGACACGCCUCGGGGCAUGCAGUCAUUGCACCCCGGGACUCGCCCUACUAUCACACAUCCAAUGAACGGUGCCCAGAAGCCACUACAGCAACACAGCGGCUCCGGUUUGGCGUCACUUGAGCUGCGAAAUUCAAUCUACCAGACGACAUCCAAAGCAUCACGCGCGGUAACUUCUACCGAGGCGAAUGCGCUCGCGAACGGUGUGUCGUCGAAAGGGAACAUGUCGUACCAGUGCGAUACAUGUGGGACGGACUGCACCGCAUUGCGGUAUCACUCGUUAAAAGUUAAAGAUUUCGAGCUGUGUGGUCCGUGCUAUCUCGAUGGGCGAUUCCCGUCGACGAUGUUUAGCGGGGACUUUGUGAAGCUCACAUCUAGUCCGCCUGGUGUAAGCCAUGGUGGGACUGACGACGACUGGACAGACCAGGAGGUGCUCCUGUUACUGGAAGGUAUCGAGAUGUUCGACGAUGACUGGAGUGCAAUCGAAGACCAUGUGGGAACGCGUACAUCUCAGCAGUGUAUCAGGAAAUUCCUGGCUCUACCAAUUGAGGACCCAUACGUAGCCUCGGAAGGCGACACGGGUCCACUAAGGUUUGGGCGGAUCCCUUUCGAACAGGCAGACAACCCUGUGAUGAGCGUGGUAGCCUUCCUCGCUGGUGUUGUUGGUUCAGGGGUUGCCGCUGAAGCCGCAAAGACAGCCAUGCACGCUUUGACAGACGGUGCCCCAAGGGAAGGCAUCGAGAAUACACUUGACGAGAAAGGAGAGAAAAAGGGUGCAGAAGGUGAUACUGCCAUGGACGAGGAUGCUCCCUAUGCAUCUACGGCGGUGAACUUUGAACCGGAGACCAACACUUCAUCAAAUACAGAGGGGGCAGAAAACGUAUCCACCGACACCACAAAACUGGCAAAGCUGCAAUCCAAAUUACCCCAGUCUCACGCCGUGCGCGCCGCUCAGCUUGCUCUCAAGUCUUCUGCAAAAGCUGCUCAGAACCUAGCAGACGCUGAAGACGUACAUAUCCGCUCGACCCUUUCGUCUCUCAUCAAACUCACGCUUACAAAACUCGAGCUUAAAAUGUCUCAAUUCGAGGAGUUGGAGGAGGUUUUGGAAGAAGAAAGGAAAGGUCUUGAAAGCGCCCGGAUGGCCCUUGUAAAUGAACGUGUUAACCUCAAGCGUAUGCUUGAUGGUGUGAGGAGUGAACUGGCGAAGAACGGUCGGAUAUCCAUCCCUCCAACCAACUUGGGUACCACGGGUCAGGGGACGAUUGCGACUGAAGUAUCAUCCAGCACUCAGCUGGAAGGGGAUGCAGGGCCUCGGAAUGACGGGGAGUUUGCCCAGCUAGCGUGA